AUGUCGGGUGGAAUCGAAGCUCUUGAGCUUAAGGAGGAUGAUAUUAAGUUGAUGGUCGCGGCCAAGGUUCAUCUUGGAAGCACGAACGUGAACUAUCAAAUGCAGCAGUAUGUGUACGGUCGCAAUGAUGAAGGUAACCAUAUCAUUCAUCUGAACAAAACCUGGGAGAAAUUACUCCUUGCGGCGCGAGCAAUUUGUGCUAUUGAAAAUCCUGCCGAUAUUGUCAUAAUUGGCGGCCAGCCUACCUGUCAACGUGGUGCUCUCAAAUUCGCCCACUACACUGGGACUACGUCUGUCCCUGGUCGUUUUACACCUGGAGCUUUUACGAAUCAAAUUCAGUCUGGAUUCAAAGAGCCACGCCUUCUCAUUGUUUGUGACCCCAGGGCUGACCACCAGCCUGUUCGAGAGGCUUCUGCGGUCAAUAUCCCUGUCAUUGCAUUUUGCAAUACCGAUUCUCCGUUGCAAUGCGUUGAUAUUGCUAUACCAUGCAACAAUGAUAAAUACUCCAUUGCGCUUAUGCUUUGGAUGUUGGCCCGCGAGGUUCGUCGUAUGCGCGGCCUUGAUCCUAGAUCCCAGCCUUGGGAUGUCAUGAUGGAUCUUUUCCUUAUGAGGGAGCACGUCGAUGAGACCCCUGAAGGCGUUGAGGGUGAGGCACAAGAAGCUCCCUUUGAGCAAGGGACGGCUGAUGCAGCGGAAGCGGAAGCAGCGGAAUGGGCAGCUGAAGCAUCUCUUCCCGUCGCUGGAAUGCCAGAACUUGGUGUUAGUGGUGCUGGCGGUAGUUGGACGGCUUACGAUGUGAAGACCGAUGCUUCAUGGGCCUAA